AGCGCGGCGGCCGGGUUCGCGGGAAGGAUACACCCAGUGACAAGACACUUUCUCAGCCGCCUCUGCUGCAUCUCACCUCCUGUGCUGCCAAAGCCCUCCUCACGAGGCUGGAGAUGCCCCAACACGCCAUGGGGGACAAGCAUCGCCUCUCCCUCCCGAAGCUCCUCCUCACCAGCCCGUCCUCAGGCACAGACAGCGGGUGCGACACUCCACCCAGCAGCAGAGCGUCCCCGGCCUCUCUGCGCACUGCCCACGGACCCCUGGGCUCCUCCAGCCAACCCCUGUUUGAGCCCCAGGUGGAGAAGCGGAGUCCCCAGACAGCCCGUGAGGUGCAGUACGUGUCUUCGGGGCCACAGAACACACGGUGUGGCUGGCAAGCCUUCACUCCUGAGUGCCUGCAGGUCUUCAACACCCCCAAGGGCUUCCUGUUUUUCCUGUGUGCAGCCUCCUUCCUUCAGGGCAUGACAGUGAAUGGCUUUAUCAAUACUGUCAUCACCUCCAUUGAGCGUCGCUUCAAUCUGCACAGCUACCAGAGUGGGCUCAUCGCCAGCUCCUAUGACAUUGCUGCCUGCCUUUGCCUCACCUUUGUCAGCUACUUCGGGGGCAAUGGGCACAAGCCACGCUGGUUGGGCUGGGGCGUGCUGGUCCUGGGAAUUGGUUCCCUGGUGUUUGCACUACCCCAUUUCACUGCCGGCCACUAUGAGGUAGAGAUGGAUGAUGGGGUGGGGACAGGGACAUGCCUGGCCAAUCGCAGUCACGUGGAGUGUAAGGACAGUACUUCAGGCCUGUCCAGCUACCGGCUGAUCUUCAUGCUGGGCCAGCUCCUACAUGGCAUGGGUGCCACACCCCUCUACACACUGGGUGUCACCUACCUGGAUGAGAAUGUCAAGUCAAGCUAUUCACCCAUCUAUAUUGCCAUCUUUUACACGGCAGCCAUCCUUGGACCUGCGGCAGGCUACCUGAUUGGAGGAGCCAUGCUAAAUAUUUACACAGAAGUGAGCCAACGGACGGAGCUGACCACUGACAGCCCACUGUGGGUUGGUGCCUGGUGGAUUGGCUUCCUGGGAGCUGGGAUUGCUGCAUUCCUCAUUGCCAUCCCCAUCCUUGGCUAUCCCCGGCAGCUACCAGGCUCCCAGCGCUACGUCAUUAUGAGAGCAGCUGAAACGCAGCAGCUGAAAGACCACAGCCACAGAGCAGUGAGCAAUCCGGCUUUUGGCAAGACUGUCAGAGACCUGCCCCUCUCCAUCUGGCUCCUCCUAAGGAACCCCACAUUCGUCCUGCUCUGCCUGGCAGGAGCUACUGAAGCCACGCUCAUUGCUGGCAUGUCCACAUUCGGUCCCAAGUUCUUCGAGGCCCAGUUCAGCUUGAGUGCCUCAGAGGCUGCCACUUUGUUCGGAUACCUGGUGGUGCCAGCGGGCGGUGGCGGCACACUCCUGGGUGGCUUCCUGGUGAACAGGUUCAAGCUGCGUGGCUCCGGGAUCAUCAGGUUCUGUCUGUUCUGCACCUUGAUCAGCCUGCUGGUCUUCUUGGUCUUCCUCACUCACUGCCCCAACGUGCCCAUGGCAGGUGUGACCACUGGUUAUGUUGGGAGCCUCCUGCCUGAAGGCCACAUGGAUCUGAAGGCGGCUUGCAACGCCCUCUACUGCUGCCAGCCAGAGCACUACAGCCCCCUGUGCGGCUCCGAUGGCACCAUGUACUACUCUCCCUGCUACGCAGGCUGCCCUGAGGGUGCUGGGACAGACCUGGGUGGCCAGAAGGUAUACCAAGGCUGUAGCUGUGUCCUUGAGGUUCCCUCUGGCUUGGGCAAUGCCACCGCAGGGAAGUGCGCUUCCACCUGUCAGAGAAAGCCCCUCCUUCUGGUUCUGGUGUUCCUUGUAAUUGUCUUUACAUUCCUCAGCAGCAUUCCCGCCCUGACGGCUACUCUACGGUGUGUCUGUGAUCGGCAAAGGUCCUUUGCCCUGGGGAUCCAGUGGAUCGUCGUGAGAACGCUAGGCAGUAUUCCAGGUCCCAUUGCCUUUGGCUGGGUGAUUGACAAGGCCUGCCUGGUGUGGCAGAACCAGUGUGGCCACCAGGGCUCCUGCUUUGUGUACCAGAACGCAACCAUGAGUCGCUACAUGCUCAUUGCGGGACUCCCUUUCAAGGGCGGCAAUGCUGAGGACCCUGCAAAACCUCACACUGCAUUCUGGGGCCUCUCACUGUUCAAUACUGUGACUGAGCAGCCUCAGAGACACUAAGGAGGAAGAAGCGUCACAUAGGAACCAGAAACAUUCCCCAAGCCCUGGAGUCUCUAGGGGUCACUACAUUUCAUAGACUGUCAGCCACCUGGUCCUGACUUCCUGUGCCUACUGAGAAGACCCAUGCAGGGCAGCAGUACCCUGGGUGGCAUGAUCCUGUGGAGCCAGCUAUUUGGUGUUUUGCUUGAAUCUGCUUUUACUGCCUGUCCUGGAAGCCUGGUGGCCUCUGUGCUGGGCGGGAGCGACUUGAAUCAUUAUGUCUGGACGUAUAUUUUGCACUGAAAGGCGUUUAUGGAAUCAAUUUUGUACCUGAUCGUGCGACUUGUGUCCAAGCAAACUGCAGUGAGGGUGUGAUCCCAUCUGAGGUGCCACACAGGUUGCGUGAACAAUGUGUUUCUAUGGUUUUUUUGGUUAAGAGUGUGUACAUAAUAUAUUUUAAUAUUUA